AAUACGGUGAUUGCAGACUGUUUCCUUGUCAGUUGAUGUCCGCUCAUCUGCAGCCUGGUACGUACUCUGGAACACAUUUCAGUUCAACGAAGAUGACGGCGUCGCUGGUUGUCGCUGUUUUGCUGGCAGUGACUGUCGGAAGCAAUGCUCAGGUUUCGUCCCUGACCAUUGCCAAGCGACCAGGCGUGUGUCCACGAAUCCUGACCUUCGCACCGUGCGUCUACAAGCCGUACCAACCGAAUCAAUGUUUCCAUGACUACCAGUGCAAGGUCAAUGAGAAAUGCUGCUCGACGCCCUGCGGUCCGAGGCGAUGCAAGCGAGUCAUUGUAGCAACGCCAGUUUGUCCAUACGUCACAGAGACCACCUGUAGGCUGAAGUGUCGCGAAAGGGGAGGCCUGGCUACAGACAAGAAAGGCUGCAGAGUGUGCCAGUGUGCAAGAUGUCCGCGCUACACGCCCGUGGUGGCAUGUCUGGUCGAUCCAUGCCGUUUCAACAAGUGUCCUAGAUAUCCACAGGCUAGAUGUGUGGCCAGCUACUGUGGCAACUGCCAAGCCAACUUCUUCGUCAACGGCAGGAAGGUGAACUGUGGAACCACGACGCCACCUCGUCCAGUGUGCCGGCGCAAUGAGGAAUACACACGCUGUGGUGGUAUCUGCCAGCCGUCCUGUGGCAGCAGUGUGGUCUGCAGGGCGUGCCGUCCAGGGUGCUCGUGCAAACGGGGAUACAUCAAGAAAACGGCCAACGGACGCUGCAUUCGCAAAUCGCGAUGCCCAAAACCGAAGUGUCGUCGUCACGAGGAGUACACAGCAUGUGGUGGAGUGUGCCAGCCAUACUGCGGUAGCAACGUCCAGUGCCGAGCUGCAUGUCGCCCAGGUUGCUCCUGCAAGACAGGGUACAUCAAGAAGAGUGUCUUCGGACGCUGCAUUCGCAAGACACAGUGCCCAAACAAGCGUUGUGGUCGCAAUGAAGUCUACUCUACAUGCGGAGGACUGUGCCAGGCAUCAUGCGGCAGUCGUGUGACCUGCGCAGCCUGCGGUCCGGGCUGUGCUUGCAAGCCAGGCUACAUCAGGGAGUCAUCGCGUACCAGUCGCUGCAUUCGCACCAGCCGCUGUCCGCGUACCUAUCCCUACCACUAGAAAAGAUUCCUAGCGUCUUCAAGACCCAUUUCCAAAUAAUCAUACGAUGAGUACAAUAAUAUUCUUCCUCUCCAUUUUUCUGUGACUUGCAACGGAUGGAAGCCUGCUGGUUUGCAGCAUAAUGGGUUUAUCGGUGUGGCCAGUAACAUCUACGUAAUCUUUUGUAUCAUUCUAUACCGGAUCUUUCCAGUAGAACUGAAGGUCUUUCCUCCUUUGUCUGUGCCUGCAAUGCCACUCUUUUGUUUUUAAGACAGAGCACAAUCAUGCACGUUCACUCACCACUGUAUUGUAUGCACGCAGCGCACUGCCCUACUCGUGAAGCAUUUAUCAACAGCACAGACAUUGCUGAAUGGAUACCAAUUUACGCUUUUCGCUAUCGCUAUCAACAACGGUUCUAUCUACAACUUCACUCUCAAAGACUUUACUCUGAAAGUA